AUGACUCCAUUGCGUCAACCCCGCACGUGGCGGCGGCGGCAGGGACUUUCUCCCGCCACUCUGUCAGUCGUCGCACUCGUAGCAGCCACGUGGCUUUUUCUCGUCGCGACUCGAUCUGCUUCUGGCGAGUACCGACCGCCGUCGUUGAAUUGGGACUUCUCCCGCGCGUCGUCCACCGACUCCGCCCUCUGCGGCUCCUGGCCCGCCGACUACGCCGCGCGCCACAGCGCCAUCCGCCAGGCCAGCGCAGCCGCGCACGCGGAGGUCGUCAAGCGGAGCAGGGGGAGCGGAGUCUUCGCGUGGUUCACGCGCCCGCUCCCCCCGCGCCCGUACGAUCCCGCCGUUCGCUUCCUAACGUUCGAAUGGCUGGACGGGUGUGGCGGGUACGGCGACGCGCUCAACGGGCUGCUGCUCGCGUUCGUCACGGCCGUGCUGGACGGCCGCGCGCUCAUCGUCCGCCACGACUGCCUGACGGCCGCGUUCCUGCCGGCCAUGAUCGACUGGCGGCUGUCGGACGACGUGCCUCUAGAGCCCGCGAGGGUCGUGACGGCGCCCGGCUACAACUGGGACGGCGUCGUGAGCGCCGCGCGCCCAGAAGCCCCGGUGGAGGCGGGGGAAGUGGUACGGCUGGACAUGCGGAACUCGCGCAUCGAGCUGGAGACGUACUUCAAGGCGCUCGAGAACGCCACCAACAUCCGACUGUCGGCGAACCUGGGCGCGCUCACGCACCUGGCCACCAAGGCCAAGGGCGAGUGGGCGGAGCGCCGUGCGUGCGCGCAGGGGAUUGUGAUUGGUGGGCAUGUGGGCGGAUGGGGGAAUGUGGGCGGGUGGGGGAAUGUGGAGGGCGGAUGGGGGAAUGUGGAGGGAGGAUGGGGGAAUGUGGGCGGAUGGGGGAAUGUGGGCGGAUGGGGGAAUGUGGGUGGAUGGGGGAAUGUGGGCGGAUGGGGGAAUGAGGGUGGAUGGGGGAAUGAGGGUGGAGGGGGAAUGAGGGUGGAUGGGGGAAUGAGGGUGGAUGGGGGAAUGUGGGUGGAUGGGGGAAUGAGGGGUGGAUGGGGGAAUGUGGGUGGAUGGGGGAAUGAGGGUGGAUGGGGGAAUGUGGGCGGGUGGGGGAAUGUGGAGGGCGGAUGGGGGAAUGUGGAGGGCGGAUGGGGGAAUGUGGAGGGAGGAUGGGGGAAUGUGGGCGGAUGGGGGAAUGUGGGCGGAUGGGGGAAUGUGGGUGGAUGGGGGAAUGUGGGUGGAUGGGGGAAUGUGGGCGGAUGGGGGAAUGAGGGUGGAUGGGGGAAUGAGGGUGGAGGGGGAAUGAGGGUGGAUGGGGGAAUGAGGGUGGAUGGGGGAAUGUGGGUGGAUGGGGGAAUGAGGGUGGAUGAGGGAAUGAGGGUGGAUGGGGGAAUGAGGGUGGAUGGGGGAAUGAGGGUGGAUGGGGGAAUGUGGGUGGAUGGGGGAAUGUGGGUGGAUGGGGGAAUGAGGGUGGAUGGGGGAAUGUGGGCGGGUGGGGGAAUGUGGAGGGCGGAUGGGGGAAUGUGGAGGGCGGAUGGGGGAAUGUGGGCGGAUGGGGGAAUGUGGGUGGAUGGGGGAAUGUGGGUGGAUGGGGGAAUGUGGGUGGAUGGGGGAAUGUGGGUGGAUGGGGGAAUGAGGGUGGAUGGGGGAAUGUGGGUGGAUGGGGGAAUGAGGGUGGAUGGGGGAAUGUGGGUGGAUGGGGGAAUGUGGAGGGCGGAUGGGGGAAUGUGGGCGGAUGGGGGAAUGUGGGUGGAUGGGGGAAUGUGGGUGGAUGGGGGAAUGUGGGUGGAUGGGGGAAUGUGGGUGGAUGGGGGAAUGUGGGUGGAUGGGGGAAUGUGGGCGGGUGGGGGAAUGUGGAGGGCGGAUGGGGGAAUGUGGGCGGAUGGGGGAAUGUGGAGGGCGGAUGGGGGAAUGUGGGUGGAUGGGGGAAUGAGGGUGGAUGGGGGAAUGUGGGCGGGUGGGGGAAUGUGGAGGGCGGAUGGGGGAAUGUGGGCGGAUGGGGGAAUGUGGAGGGCGGAUGGGGGAAUGUGGGUGGAUGGGGGAAUGAGGGUGGAUGGGGGAAUGUGGGCGGGUGGGGGAAUGUGGAGGGCGGAUGGGGGAAUGUGGGCGGAUGGGGGAAUGUGGAGGGCGGAUGGGGGAAUGUGGGCGGAUGGGGGAAUGUGGAGGGCGGAUGGGGGAAUGUGGAGGGCGGAUGGGGGAAUGUGGGUGGAUGGGGGAAUGUGGGUGGAUGGGGGAAUGUGGGUGGAUGGGGGUAUGUGGGUGGAUGGGGGAAUGUGGGUGGAUGGGGGAAUGAGGGUGGAUGGGGGAAUGAGGGUGGAUGGGGGAAUGUGGGUGGAUGGGGGAAUUUGGGCGGAUGGGGGAAUGUGGAGGGCGGAUGGGGGAAUGUGGAGAGCGGAUGGGGGAAUGUGGGCGGAUGGGGGAAUGUGGGUGGAUGGGGGAAUGAGGGUGGAUGGGGGAAUGAGGGUGGAUGGGGGAAUGUGGGUGGAUGGGGGAAUGUGGGUGGAUGGGGGAAUGUGGGUGGAUGGGGGAAUGUGGGUGGAUGGGGGAAUGUGGGUGGAUGGGGGAAUGAGGGUGGAUGGGGGAAUGAGGGUGGAUGGGGGAAUGUGGGUGGAUGGGGGAAUGGUGGAUGGGGGAAUGUGGGUGGAUGGGGGAAUGUGGGUGGAUGGGGGAAUGAGGGUGGAUGGGGGAAUGAGGGUGGAUGGGGGAAUGUGGGCGGAUGGGGGAAUGUGGGUGGAUGGGGGAAUGUGGGUGGAUGGGGGAAUGUGGGUGGAUGGGGGAAUGAGGGGUGGAGGGGGAAUGAGGGUGGAUGGGGGAAUGAGGGUGGAUGGGGGAAUGAGGGUGGAUGGGGGAAUGUGGGCGGAUGGGGGAAUGUGGGUGGAUGGGGGAAUGUGGGUGGAUGGGGGAAUGUGGGUGGAUGGGGGAAUGAGGGUGGAUGAGAGAAUGAGGGGUGGAUGGGGGAAUGUGGGUGGAUGGGGGAAUGAGGGUGGAUGGGGGAAUGUGGGCGGGUGGGGGAAUGUGGAGGGCGGAUGGGGGAAUGUGGAGGGCGGAUGGGGGAAUGUGGAGGGAGGAUGGGGGAAUGUGGGCGGAUGGGGGAAUGUGGGCGGAUGGGGGAAUGUGGGUGGAUGGGGGAAUGUGGGUGGAUGGGGGAAUGUGGGCGGAUGGGGGAAUGAGGGUGGAUGGGGGAAUGAGGGUGGAGGGGGAAUGAGGGUGGAUGGGGGAAUGAGGGUGGAUGGGGGAAUGUGGGUGGAUGGGGGAAUGAGGGUGGAUGAGGGAAUGAGGGUGGAUGGGGGAAUGAGGGUGGAUGGGGGAAUGAGGGUGGAUGGGGGAAUGUGGGUGGAUGGGGGAAUGUGGGUGGAUGGGGGAAUGAGGGUGGAUGGGGGAAUGUGGGCGGGUGGGGGAAUGUGGAGGGCGGAUGGGGGAAUGUGGAGGGCGGAUGGGGGAAUGUGGGCGGAUGGGGGAAUGUGGGUGGAUGGGGGAAUGUGGGUGGAUGGGGGAAUGUGGGUGGAUGGGGGAAUGUGGGUGGAUGGGGGAAUGAGGGUGGAUGGGGGAAUGUGGGUGGAUGGGGGAAUGAGGGUGGAUGGGGGAAUGUGGGUGGAUGGGGGAAUGUGGAGGGCGGAUGGGGGAAUGUGGGCGGAUGGGGGAAUGUGGGUGGAUGGGGGAAUGUGGGUGGAUGGGGGAAUGUGGGUGGAUGGGGGAAUGUGGGUGGAUGGGGGAAUGUGGGUGGAUGGGGGAAUGUGGGCGGGUGGGGGAAUGUGGAGGGCGGAUGGGGGAAUGUGGGCGGAUGGGGGAAUGUGGAGGGCGGAUGGGGGAAUGUGGGUGGAUGGGGGAAUGAGGGUGGAUGGGGGAAUGUGGGCGGGUGGGGGAAUGUGGAGGGCGGAUGGGGGAAUGUGGGCGGAUGGGGGAAUGUGGAGGGCGGAUGGGGGAAUGUGGGUGGAUGGGGGAAUGAGGGUGGAUGGGGGAAUGUGGGCGGGUGGGGGAAUGUGGAGGGCGGAUGGGGGAAUGUGGGCGGAUGGGGGAAUGUGGAGGGCGGAUGGGGGAAUGUGGGCGGAUGGGGGAAUGUGGAGGGCGGAUGGGGGAAUGUGGAGGGCGGAUGGGGGAAUGUGGGUGGAUGGGGGAAUGUGGGUGGAUGGGGGAAUGUGGGUGGAUGGGGGUAUGUGGGUGGAUGGGGGAAUGUGGGUGGAUGGGGGAAUGAGGGUGGAUGGGGGAAUGAGGGUGGAUGGGGGAAUGUGGGUGGAUGGGGGAAUUUGGGCGGAUGGGGGAAUGUGGAGGGCGGAUGGGGGAAUGUGGAGAGCGGAUGGGGGAAUGUGGGCGGAUGGGGGAAUGUGGGUGGAUGGGGGAAUGAGGGUGGAUGGGGGAAUGAGGGGUGGAUGGGGGAAUGAGGGUGGAUGGGGGAAUGUGGGUGGAUGGGGGAAUGUGGGCGGGUGGGGGAAUGAGGGUGGAGGGGGAAUGAGGGUGGAUGGGAGAAUGAGGGUGGAUGGGGGAAUGAGGGUGGAUGGGGGAAUGUGGGUGGAUGGGGGAAUGUGGGUGGAUGGGGGAAUGAGGGUGGAUGGGGGAAUGAGGGUGGAUGGGGGAAUGUGGGCGGAUGGGGGAAUGUGGGUGGAUGGGGGAAUGUGGGUGGAUGGGGGAAUGUGGGUGGAUGGGGGAAUGAGGGGUGGAGGGGGAAUGAGGGUGGAUGGGGGAAUGAGGGUGGAUGGGGGAAUGAGGGUGGAUGGGGGAAUGUGGGCGGAUGGGGGAAUGUGGGUGGAUGGGGGAAUGUGGGUGGAUGGGGGAAUGUGGGUGGAUGGGGGAAUGAGGGGUGGAUGGGGGAAUGUGGGCGGGUGGGGGAAUGAGGGUGGAUGGGGGAAUGUGGGCGGGUGGGGGAAUGUGGAGGGCGGAUGGGGGAAUGUGGAGGGCGGAUGGGGGAAUGUGGAGGGAGGAUGGGGGAAUGUGGGCGGAUGGGGGAAUGUGGGCGGAUGGGGGAAUGUGGGUGGAUGGGGGAAUGUGGGUGGAUGGGGGAAUGUGGGCGGAUGGGGGAAUGAGGGUGGAUGGGGGAAUGAGGGUGGAGGGGGAAUGAGGGUGGAUGGGGGAAUGAGGGUGGAUGGGGGAAUGUGGGUGGAUGGGGGAAUGAGGGUGGAUGAGGGAAUGAGGGUGGAUGGGGGAAUGAGGGUGGAUGGGGGAAUGUGGGUGGAUGGGGGAAUGUGGGUGGAUGGGGGAAUGAGGGUGGAUGGGGGAAUGUGGGCGGGUGGGGGAAUGUGGAGGGCGGAUGGGGGAAUGUGGGCGGAUGGGGGAAUGUGGAGGGCGGAUGGGGGAAUGUGGGCGGAUGGGGGAAUGUGGAGGGCGGAUGGGGGAAUGUGGAGGGCGGAUGGGGGAAUGUGGGCGGAUGGGGGAAUGUGGGUGGAUGGGGGAAUGUGGGUGGAUGGGGGUAUGUGGGUGGAUGGGGGAAUGUGGGUGGAUGGGGGAAUGAGGGUGGAUGGGGGAAUGAGGGUGGAUGGGGGAAUGUGGGUGGAUGGGGGAAUGUGGGCGGAUGGGGGAAUGUGGAGGGCGGAUGGGGGAAUGUGGAGAGCGGAUGGGGGAAUGUGGGCGGAUGGGGGAAUGUGGGUGGAUGGGGGAAUGAGGGUGGAUGGGGGAAUGAGGGUGGAUGGGGGAAUGUGGGUGGAUGGGGAAUGUGGGUGGAUGGGGGAAUGUGGGUGGAUGGGGGAAUGUGGGUGGAUGGGGGAAUGGAAUGAGGGUGGAGGGGGAGUGAGGGUGGAUGGGGGAAUGAGGGUGGAUGGGGGAAUGAGGGUGGAUGGGGGAAUGUGGGUGGAUGGGGGAAUGUGGGUGGAUGGGGGAAUGUGGGUGGAUGGGGGAAUGAGGGUGGAUGGGAGAAUGAGGGUGGAUGGGGGAAUGAGGGUGGAUGGGGGAAUGUGGGUGGAUGGGGGAAUGGUGGAUGGGGGAAUGAGGGUGGAUGGGGGAAUGAGGGUGGAUGGGGGAAUGUGGGCGGGUGGGGGAAUGUGGAGGGCGGAUGGGGGAAUGUGGAGGGUGGAUGGGGGAAUGUGGGCGGAUGGGGGAAUGUGGAGGGCGGAUGGGGGAAUGUGGGUGGAUGGGGGAAUGUGGAGGGCGGAUGGGGGAAUGUGGAGGGCGGAUGGGGGAAUGUGGGCGGAUGGGGGAAUGUGGGUGGAUGGGGGAAUGAGGGUGGAUGGGGGAAUGUGGGUGGAUGGGGGAAUGUGGGUGGAUGGGGGUAUGUGGGUGGAUGGGGGAAUGUGGGUGGAUGGGGGAAUGAGGGUGGAUGGGGGAAUGUGGGCGGGUGGGGGAAUGUGGAGGGCGGAUGGGGGAAUGUGGGCGGAUGGGGGAAUGUGGAGGGCGGAUGGGGGAAUGUGGGCGGAUGGGGGAAUGUGGAGGGCGGAUGGGGGAAUGUGGGCGGAUGGGGGAAUGUGGAGGGCGGAUGGGGGAAUGUGGAGAGCGGAUGGGGGAAUGUGGGCGGAUGGGGGAAUGUGGGUGGAUGGGGGAAUGAGGGUGGAUGGGGGAAUGAGGGUGGAUGGGGGAAUGUGGGCGGGUGGGGGAAUGUGGAGGGCGGAUGGGGGAAUGUGGAGGGUGGAUGGGGGAAUGUGGGCGGAUGGGGGAAUGUGGAGGGCGGAUGGGGGAAUGUGGGCGGAUGGGGGAAUGUGGAGGGCGGAUGGGGGAAUGUGGAGGGCGGAUGGGGGAAUGUGGGCGGAUGGGGGAAUGUGGGUGGAUGGGGGAAUGAGGGUGGAUGGGGGAAUGUGGGUGGAUGGGGGAAUGUGGGUGGAUGGGGGUAUGUGGGUGGAUGGGGGAAUGUGGGUGGAUGGGGGAAUGAGGGUGGAUGGGGGAAUGUGGGCGGGUGGGGGAAUGUGGAGGGCGGAUGGGGGAAUGUGGGCGGAUGGGGGAAUGUGGAGGGCGGAUGGGGGAAUGUGGGCGGAUGGGGGAAUGUGGAGGGCGGAUGGAGGAAUGUGGAGGGCGGAUGGGGGAAUGUGGGCGGAUGGGGGAAUGUGGAGGGCGGAUGGGGGAAUGUGGAGAGCGGAUGGGGGAAUGUGGGCGGAUGGGGGAAUGUGGGUGGAUGGGGGAAUGUGGGUGGAUGGGGGAAUGAGGGUGGAUGGGGGAAUGAGGGUGGAUGGGGGAAUGUGGGUGGAUGGGGGAAUGUGGGUGGAUGGGGGAAUGUGGGUGGAUGGGGGAAUGAGGGUGGAUGGGGGAAUGUGGGUGGAUGGGGGAAUGUGGGUGGAUGGGGGAAUGAGGGUGGAUGGGGGAAUGAGGGUGGAUGGGGGAAUGUGGGUGGAUGGGGGAAUGUGGGCGGGUGGGGGAAUGAGGGGUGGAGGGGGAAUGAGGGUGGAUGGGGGAAUGAGGGUGGAUGGGGGAAUGAGGGUGGAUGGGGGAAUGUGGGCGGAUGGGGGAAUGUGGGUGGAUGGGGGAAUGUGGGUGGAUGGGGGAAUGUGGGUGGAUGGGGGAAUGAGGGGUGGAUGGGGGAAUGUGGGCGGGUGGGGGAAUGAGGGUGGAUGGGGGAAUGUGGGCGGGUGGGGGAAUGUGGAGGGCGGAUGGGGGAAUGUGGAGGGCGGAUGGGGGAAUGUGGAGGGAGGAUGGGGGAAUGUGGGCGGAUGGGGGAAUGUGGGCGGAUGGGGGAAUGUGGGUGGAUGGGGGAAUGUGGGUGGAUGGGGGAAUGUGGGCGGAUGGGGGAAUGAGGGUGGAUGGGGGAAUGAGGGUGGAGGGGGAAUGAGGGUGGAUGGGGGAAUGAGGGUGGAUGGGGGAAUGUGGGUGGAUGGGGGAAUGAGGGUGGAUGAGGGAAUGAGGGUGGAUGGGGGAAUGAGGGUGGAUGGGGGAAUGUGGGUGGAUGGAGGAAUGUGGGUGGAUGGGGGAAUGAGGGUGGAUGGGGGAAUGUGGGCGGGUGGGGGAAUGUGGAGGGCGGAUGGGGGAAUGUGGAGGGCGGAUGGGGGAAUGUGGGCGGAUGGGGGAAUGUGGGUGGAUGGGGGAAUGUGGGUGGAUGGGGGAAUGUGGGUGGAUGGGGGAAUGUGGGUGGAUGGGGGAAUGAGGGUGGAUGGGGGAAUGUGGGUGGAUGGGGGAAUGAGGGUGGAUGGGGGAAUGUGGGUGGAUGGGGGAAUGUGGAGGGCGGAUGGGGGAAUGUGGGCGGAUGGGGGAAUGUGGGUGGAUGGGGGAAUGUGGGUGGAUGGGGGAAUGUGGGUGGAUGGGGGAAUGUGGGUGGAUGGGGGAAUGUGGGUGGAUGGGGGUAUGUGGGUGGAUGGGGGAAUGUGGGUGGAUGGGGGAAUGAGGGUGGAUGGGGGAAUGUGGGCGGGUGGGGGAAUGUGGAGGGCGGAUGGGGGAAUGUGGGCGGAUGGGGGAAUGUGGAGGGCGGAUGGGGGAAUGUGGGCGGAUGGGGGAAUGUGGAGGGCGGAUGGGGGAAUGUGGAGGGCGGAUGGGGGAAUGUGGGCGGAUGGGGGAAUGUGGGUGGAUGGGGGAAUGUGGGUGGAUGGGGGUAUGUGGGUGGAUGGGGGAAUGUGGGUGGAUGGGGGAAUGAGGGUGGAUGGGGGAAUGAGGGUGGAUGGGGGAAUGUGGGUGGAUGGGGGAAUGUGGGCGGAUGGGGGAAUGUGGAGGGCGGAUGGGGGAAUGUGGAGAGCGGAUGGGGGAAUGUGGGCGGAUGGGGGAAUGUGGGUAGAUGGGGGAAUGAGGGUGGAUGGGGGAAUGAGGGUGGAUGGGGGAAUGUGGGUGGAUGGGGGAAUGUGGGUGGAUGGGGGAAUGUGGGUGGAUGGGGGAAUGUGGGUGGAUGGGGGAAUGUGGGUGGAUGGGGGAAUGAGGGUGGAUGGGGGAAUGAGGGUGGAUGGGGGAAUGUGGGUGGAUGGGGGAAUGUGGGUGGAUGGGGGAAUGAGGGUGGAUGGGAGAAUGAGGGUGGAUGGGGGAAUGAGGGUGGAUGGGGGAAUGUGGGUGGAUGGGGGAAUGUGGGUGGAUGGGGGAAUGAGGGUGGAUGGGGGAAUGAGGGUGGAUGGGGGAAUGUGGGUGGAUGGGGGAAUGGUGGAUGGGGGAAUGAGGGUGGAUGGGGGAAUGAGGGUGGAUGGGGGAAUGUGGGCGGGUGGGGGAAUGUGGAGGGCGGAUGGGGGAAUGUGGAGGGUGGAUGGGGGAAUGUGGGCGGAUGGGGGAAUGUGGAGGGCGGAUGGGGGAAUGUGGGCGGAUGGGGGAAUGUGGAGGGCGGAUGGGGGAAUGUGGAGGGCGGAUGGGGGAAUGUGGGCGGAUGGGGGAAUGUGGGUGGAUGGGGGAAUGAGGGUGGAUGGGGGAAUGUGGGUGGAUGGGGGAAUGUGGGUGGAUGGGGGUAUGUGGGUGGAUGGGGGAAUGUGGGUGGAUGGGGGAAUGAGGGUGGAUGGGGGAAUGUGGGCGGGUGGGGGAAUGUGGAGGGCGGAUGGGGGAAUGUGGGCGGAUGGGGGAAUGUGGAGGGCGGAUGGGGGAAUGUGGGCGGAUGGGGGAAUGUGGAGGGCGGAUGGAGGAAUGUGGAGGGCGGAUGGGGGAAUGUGGGCGGAUGGGGGAAUGUGGAGGGCGGAUGGGGGAAUGUGGAGAGCGGAUGGGGGAAUGUGGGCGGAUGGGGGAAUGUGGGUGGAUGGGGGAAUGAGGGUGGUUGGGGGAAUGAGGGUGGAUGGGGGAAUGUGGGCGGGUGGGGGAAUGUGGAGGGCGGAUGGGGGAAUGUGGAGGGUGGAUGGGGGAAUGUGGGCGGAUGGGGGAAUGUGGAGGGCGGAUGGGGGAAUGUGGGCGGAUGGGGGAAUGUGGAGGGCGGAUGGGGGAAUGUGGAGGGCGGAUGGGGGAAUGUGGGCGGAUGGGGGAAUGUGGGUGGAUGGGGGAAUGAGGGUGGAUGGGGGAAUGUGGGUGGAUGGGGGAAUGUGGGUGGAUGGGGGUAUGUGGGUGGAUGGGGGAAUGUGGGUGGAUGGGGGAAUGAGGGUGGAUGGGGGAAUGUGGGCGGGUGGGGGAAUGUGGAGGGCGGAUGGGGGAAUGUGGGCGGAUGGGGGAAUGUGGAGGGCGGAUGGGGGAAUGUGGGCGGAUGGGGGAAUGUGGAGGGCGGAUGGAGGAAUGUGGAGGGCGGAUGGGGGAAUGUGGGCGGAUGGGGGAAUGUGGAGGGCGGAUGGGGGAAUGUGGAGAGCGGAUGGGGGAAUGUGGGCGGAUGGGGGAAUGUGGGUGGAUGGGGGAAUGUGGGUGGAUGGGGGUAUGUGGGUGGAUGGGGGAAUGUGGGUGGAUGGGGGAAUGAGGGUGGAUGGGGGAAUGAGGGUGGAUGGGGGAAUGUGGGUGGAUGGGGGAAUGUGGGUGGAUGGGGGAAUGUGGGUGGAUGGGGGAAUGAGGGUGGAUGGGGGAAUGUGGGUGGAUGGGGGAAUGUGGGUGGAUGGGGGAAUGUGGGUGGAUGGGGGAAUGUGGGUGGAUGGGGGAAUGUGGGUGGAUGGGGGAAUGUGGGUGGAUGGGGGAAUGUGGGUGGAUGGGGGAAUGAGGGUGGAUGGGGGAAUGAGGGUGGAUGGGGGUGCAUAUGGGCCGCGUGACGAGGUGAGAGAGCUGUUCCACAACACCAUGCAGCAGCUCAGAGGCAACAGCAGCACCACCGCCGCAAUGCAGCAGCGAGUGGCGGCGGUGGGCAUUCACAUCCGCGUGCAGGACGAGGUGGUGUGGGCGGGUGACAGAGGCAAGCCCAAGGACCUGGAGCAGCAGCAGAUCGAUGCGCUGCUGGGGGAGGCCAAGCAGUGGCUCGACUGCGCUCAGCGGGUGGAGGAGUUCUGGUUCCCGUCGUCCCUUGCGGUGCGCUGGAUGCUCAUCAGCAACUCCGCGCAGCUCAAGGCUGCCAUCAAAUCCAAAUACCCUGGAAAGGGGGACAAGCAACUGCUCUCUUCCUCACGGCUGGCGCUCGCAUGGUUUACUUCGCAUGGUCGUCACAACCGAGUUUGUCCCACGGCAUUCCAACAGCCUCGCAUCAGUGAAGCAGAAGGGCGUCUUUAA